AAAUAGUAUUUUUUUCAGUCAUCCAAUCGUCUUCAGAACUGAACCACAUUUGCGCCAAAGAAAGGAUCGAUGUUACCGCCUUUUUCCAUUGGUAAUUGCAAGGUGCUUGUCGAUGCAAAGAAAUACAACCUCCUUUCAAGCAAGAAUGGACUUGAAAUCUCUCUUUCCCAAGCCGGAACCGUCAAGAUUUCUGAAGUAGAUGGUAUUGAUAAAUCGAUCAAUGAUAAUCAGAAUAUGCCAGCCAAGGAAACAGGAGAGUUCUAUUUUGUGCUUCUAAAUCCGAAAGAUCUUGAUAGCCAAACCAGGUCUCAACUGCUGGAUGUGUUUGAAUUAUACACAAAGGAGCUACCUGCAAUGAAGUUUGCUGCAAAUACUGGAAAACAAUCAAUGUUCCUGGAAAGAUGUGUAAUGAAGGGUAAGUAUUGCACGCUGCUUCUAAAAUCCAGGCUUGAGAAAGACCCCAGGAAGGUUAUUGGUGCAAUUACGUACCAAAUAAUCCCUGUCGACACACAAUAUGCUGAGGUUCCCCUUGCUGCUGUUAAUUCAUUCUACCAACAAAAGGGACUUGGUCGCCUCCUGUGUGGGGAACUAAAGAAUAGACUCCAUGGUGUUGGUAUUCGCAAUAUAUUUUGCUGGGGAGACAAAGAAUCUGAAGGAUUUUGGCAUAAACAGGGGUUUGUAUCAAUAGGGGAGGUCAACGGCAAGGGUAAAGCUUGCAGGCUACCUAUUAAAACCAGCAUACGCAAGGCAUUGUGCUUUCUUGGUGGCUCUACCCUCAUGGUCUCAAGUCUUAAUACAAAAAAUUCAGGUUCUGAGCAAGGAAUUAAUCUUUCUGAGGAUGUGGAAGCCAGCAACAUGCCUCAAGAUUUACGAGCUGCUGAAAUGGUUGCUGAUACCGACCUACAAGAUUCUCCUUGUUCUUCAUUGAAUAAAAAGAAGAGGGGUUGGGUGACAUGUACAUCUUUAAAAUCGAAAAAAGUGAAGGCCAUCAGUAGUCAUCAAACUGAUUCUCAUCCUAAAGAUGUUUUUCUGGAAGAUCUUACAAACAACUAUUCUUUUGAUGAAAACCCUGCAGAAAUUUCAAAGAAUAUGCAUUUGAUUGAACCAAAUUCUGGAUAUUCUUCAAAGGAUGGUUCUUCUGAAAAGAGAAGCCAUGAAUGUACACCAAUGCAUGUUGUACAGAAAGAUCAUUGCAGGAAGGAGCUUCAAGCUGGAGGUGAAAGCUGUAGGAUCAUGUUAAUGAAUAUAGCUGAUGAUGAAAAGAAGUCAAGACUGACCAAGAUAAUUGAAGACCUCGGUGGAGUUGUCACAAUGGAUGGAAGUGUAAGCACGCAUGUUGUCACGGGAAAAGUGAGAAGAACUUUGAAUUUUUGCACCGCUCUUUGUUCCGGAUCCUGGAUAGUUUCGCCCAGUUGGCUGAAACAAUGUUGUAGGGAAGGGAAAUUUGUGGAUGAAAUGCCUUAUGUUUUAAAAGACGACGAAUAUGAGCUGAAGUAUAAGAUUGAGUUAAGAGCUGCUAUUCUGAGAGCUAAAAAUGAACAUCCAAGAGCUCUUCUUAAAGGCUAUAGUAUAUGUUUCGUAGCCCAUAUUCAACCUCCCUUGAAAACUCUAGCUGCAAUUGCCAUUUCCGCUGGUGGAAAUGUAAUUAAUGGAGUUGAAGAAGCCGAAGAUGUUUCGAAGACGAUAAUGGUGGCGUGUGAAGAGGAUAGCGGAGACGCCAUAGCUGCAGCAUUGGAAGGGAUGUGGACUUUUGGUAGUGAAUGGUUCUUAGAUUGCAUCAUGAAGCAGGAACUUGAUUUUGAUGCUCUCCAGUUUGUAGAAUCCCUGUAAAUUGUUUAUAUGUUUAUUCUAAGUUAUAACAAUAACAAUAGCAAUAAAUGUUUGUAACAUAUUGUGUUUAUUGUUAUAUAUUUUGCAUUUUGGAAAAUUUGUAUUUAAAAAUUAAACAGUCAACGUGGAGUCAACUUUUAAUGCAGCGCCACGUAGGCAAUAGGGGGCCCACAUAUGACAAGUCCCUUACACGUGGACUGACCUCAUUGGCGAACCACUUCUCAU